AUGGCUACACGCCCUGCGUUAACUCGCAUUUCCAGACGUCUCGUUAAGCCUAUACUCCCAGAGCUACCAAAAAGACAACCAUCGAAGUCUGGUGCGCUCGACAAUGGUGCCUCUUCCAGUACAGUGGAAUCCUCGAAAAUAGGAAAGCAACCUAGUUGGAGAACAAAACUUCAGCCGGAAGAAUACUGCUCCUACAGAGACCCUACAAUUCCAGUGCCUGAACAACUUGAAUAUGCAAGGCGGUUUUUUGCCAAAUCAAAACAUUCACCUGUCCACCUUUGGACAACGAACCUAUUCCGUAAAAUACCCGAAUCGGAUGUUCCCGAGGUGGUGUUUAUGGGCCGGUCAAAUGUGGGCAAAAGCUCGGUAAUUAACAUGCUGGUUGGGGAGGACAUCUGCUAUACCUCAGCAACGCCCGGACGGACACAAACUAUGAAUGCAUUUGGAAUCGGAGGAACGAAAGGUGGCGAAACAAAGAUUAAUAUAAUCGACUCACCUGGUUACGGCAAAGCUAGUAGACCGGAAUGGGGUCAUGAGCUGAUGAAAUAUCUAAGUAAAAGACAACAGUACGUAGGCUCUCGUUCUCGCUCUGACAGUAAUUGUGAGAUUCUUCUAACUAUUCCCAACCUUGACAGACUCAGAAGAGUAUUUCUCAUUAUUGAGUGCAAGGCCGGUGUUAAGAAUUCAGAUAAGGAAGUCCUUUCCAUCCUUCGAGAAUUUACUGUCCCUCAUCAGAUUAUCGUCAGUAAGGCCGAUAACUUUAUAACCGAAGGCAGGGCCGGAAACCAAGAGGCCCAUCGUACUGCUAGUUUGAAGCAGUUUAGACAAAUUAUUUCUCGGAUAAGAAAGGAGGUUACUCCGACUUUAGAAGAAGGGAUUCCACCUCUCGGGGACAUUUUGGCCUGCAGUAACAAAAUUCGGAUUGGAGAAGGCCAUAAUAAGCAUCCCCUGGGUAUUGAUGCAUUACAGUGGUCAAUCCUACAGGCUGCUGGUUUUGACUAUCAACCGUCCCACACAUUGUAUCCCCAGUAA